AUGACUACUCCGCACGAAGAAAAUCAAUACCUCGACCUUAUUCGAGACAUCUUCGAUCACGGAGAGCAACGACCAGAUCGGACAGGCACAGGAACAUUAUCCAUCUUCGCACCGCGACCAUUCAAAUUCAAACUCAACGAUAACGGACGGCCAAUCUUACCUCUUCUCACCACAAAACGAGUCUUCCUCCGCGCCGUCAUCGCCGAACUCCUCUGGUUCAUCGAAGGGAACACAUCAUCAAUCGCACUCAAUGAAGUCGGGGUCAAGAUCUGGGACGGCAACGGCUCUCGCGAGUUUCUAGACAAUCUAGGUCUAACUCACCGUGAAGUUGGUGAUCUUGGGCCCGUCUACGGUUUUCAAUGGCGACACUUUGGCGCAGGUUAUAUAGAUGCAAAAGCGGAUUAUACGGGACAAGGGGUUGAUCAGAUUGCGGAUAUUAUACAUAAAUUGCGCACGAACCCGUAUGACCGUCGAAUGAUUCUUACGGCUUGGAAUCCGAAGGAUUUGCGUUUGAUGGUUCUCCCGCCUUGCCAUAUGUUUGCUCAGUUUUAUGUCUCGUUUCCCGGACAAGGGCUGGCGAAGAAUGGGACGACUGAAAAUAAACCAAAGGGUCACUUGCAUUGUCAAUUAUAUCAACGAUCUUGCGAUAUGGGGCUUGGGGUUCCAUUCAACAUCGCUAGUUAUGCGCUGCUUACGCAUAUGCUUGCUCAUGCUUGUGACCUUGUCCCGGGCAGUCUUACGCAUGUCAUGGGAGAUGCGCACGUUUACCUUGAUCACGUCGAUGCUCUGAAAGUACAGUUGGAGCGAGAGCCACGACCAUUCCCUGAGUUGGAAAUCACACAUGAAAAGGGUGGAAGUAUAGAUGGAUGGAAAGCGGAGGACUUUGUGGUCAAGGGAUACGAUCCUCACAAAGCCAUUGCAAUGAAUAUGUCUGUUUAG